AUGACUAAACUUCUUCAGAAUGAGGUUUUUAAUACGACUGGUUUCACAUGUGUGGGGAUAUUCAUGCUUGCAGGGCCAAAUGGAGAGACACGACAGAUUGUAGGGGAAUUUCGGCUGAAGAAUUUAUCCCAGGUAGAUGGAGGAAGGAUAAUUGUGGAGACUAAUGAAAAAGGUGUUCCGAAUGAAAGGUCUGGUUCCAUUCUUAGCAGCUAUCUUAGUGACCUUGCAGAGAACUCCACAUUUGCACCACUGAACAUUCCAAGAUGGGACAAUGAACUAUUUGUCCAGAGAAAGAACAACAUGAUCAAGGAUGUAGAGGAGAAAUUUGUCUAUCCAUCUGAGACAAAGCAACUUACACGAGACUGGGUCCUAAUGACUGUUUGCAAAAGAUGGAGAGCCUACAAAUCUCGCUUGAAGCAAAAAUAUUUCAAACGCAAAGAGAAGUCUCUCCAGGAAAUUAUUAGUAAUGUUCCAAUAGGUGUUAAUGUGCAUCAAUGGGAGACUCUAGUUGGAAUGUGGUGUCAGGAUUCACACAUGAAGUUAUGCGAGAAAAACACUGUGCAAAGCAACAAAAGAAUCCACACACAACCGGGAGAAAAAGCCAUGCCAGGCUACAAAAAGAGAUGGAAAUCAAAAGGAAAGCACCGAUCCACAAGAUUGACCUUUGCGAUGAAGCUCAUAAGAAAAAAGAUGGCAAUUAACACAAGCGACAAUGUGAAGACAAUAAUGGAUGCAGCUAAUGAGGAGUUAAAAAAAAGGAAAAUGGAUCACAAUGGUAGCCUUUCCACUAACGAUUACAGUGAAGCCUUUAAAGGCGCACUUGCUGAAAAGGCAAAACUUCGUGGUUACUAUGAUGAAAAGUAUUGGAGCGGAGUAAAUGUUUCUCAGGGAAUAACUUUUGUUGGGAAGUCUGAUCAAGACAAUCUUCAGUUUGAAGUACGCAUGGUCAAAGAUAAUGUAGAAGAUGUCAAAGAUGAUGUAAAGGACGUCAAAGAUGAUGUAAAGGACGUCAAGGGUGAUGUAAAGGACGUCAAAGGUGAUGUAGGGGACGUUAGAGGUCAGAUAGCUAUGAUUGCUGCAUUCCUUGCCAAAAAGUUUCCUGGAGAGAGUUUGAGAAAUGAAGUGGAUUCUCCAACAGAAAAUUAUGAAGUUAGCAUACGAAAUCUAGUUAUAAAUGUGCAAAGAUGAAAUUAAUGAAUACUGAUGUGCUAUUACUAUAAUUUUAUUGCAGGUCACUCUACCUCAAAGAGAUAACCAUCUCCAAUGUGAAUCUUAUAAUGUCCUUAAACAAUCAAAUAAUGAUGUGCAGGAGCCACGAACUACC